AUGGUCUCGACCACUAGGGCUGGAAGCACUUGGAGCAAUGUUCCGCAAGGGCCUCCCGUGAGUUAUUUGUCUAAAUGAUGGCUUUAUGAGGACAUUUGCUAACCUAAUGGCUCCUGUGUAGGAUGUGAGUAUUUGGUUUACUAGUACUGCCGAAUGUCUCGAACCUUGUUUACUAAGCGAUAAUGUUUUUCUCUUGGAAGGCAAUUCUCGGUAGGACUCCAUCUCUAACAUUGGGCUGAGAAUCUCCGUGUCCUUGUUACCCGCUGGCUAUUUUCAAGCGUACUGCUCUGCUUCUAGAAUUGGAAGCUGCCGUUUUGAAUGAAUAGCUGACUGAAAAACAGGUAUUACUGAGGCGUAUAAGGCGGACAAAUUUGAGCUCAAGGUUAAUUUGGGUAAGGGUUUUGUAAUCUCACCUGGCCAGGUGUAGCUGAGCAAUUUUUAGGAGUUGGAGCGUACCGUGAUGGCAGGGGAGAGCCAUAUGUUCUACCCUCGGUCCGUGUUGCGGAGGAGCGCAUCCUCAUGAAAGCCCUCGACAAGGAAUAUGCUGGGAUCACCGGUGUCCCGUCUUUCACAAAGGCUGCCAUUGAGCUUGCCUAUGGAAAGUCGUCUCCUGUGCUCGAUAGGGUUGCCGCUACUCAGUCGAUUUCUGGAACGGGUGCUCUUCGCGUUGGUGGCGCGUUCCUUGAACGUUUCUACCCCUAUGCUAAGACCGUUUACUUGCCAACCCCAUCAUGGGCCAACCAUGCGGCUAUUAUGAAGGACUCCAAGCUCGACAUUAAGAGCUAUAGGUACUAUAGCAAAAAGACUAUUGGGUUAGACAUUGACGGCCUUCUUGAGGAUAUUGUGAAUGCGCCGAAGGGCUCGAUAUUUCUGUUCCAUGCCUGCGCCCAUAAUCCUACUGGGGUUGACCCUACCCCAGAGCAAUGGCGUGCGAUUAGCGGGGCUGUGAAGAGUGGCGGUCAUUUCCCCUUCUUCGACAUGGCAUACCAAGGGUUCGCAAGUGGUGAUACCGAUAAGGAUGCUUACGCCUUGCGUUACUUUAUUGAGCAAGGCCACCCUGUGGCUUUGGCCCAGUCUUUUGCGAAGAACAUGGUGCGCUGGAGUGCUUGGUUUUUAGGUCGACGUUACUUGUAUGGAGUACUGAUUUGUGUUGCAUCUUUAGGGUCUGUAUGGUGAGCGUGUUGGCGCUUUCUCCGUUCUUGCCGAGUCGGCAGAGGGGAAAAAACGCCUGGACUCUCAAAUCAAGAUUCUUGUCCGCCCAUUGUAUUCCAACCCUCCCGUUAAUGGCGCCCGGAUUGCCUCCGAGAUUCUAAACGACCCUACUCUCAAUAAACAGUGGCUCGGUGAGGUGAAAGGCAUGGCUGACCGCAUUAUUUCUAUGCGUGCGGCCUUGAAGACCAACCUCGAGCAAAUCGGUAGCAAGCGCGAUUGGAACCAUAUAACCUCACAAAUUGGGAUGUUUGCCUACACUGGCCUAGGGCCAGAACAAGUUGACAGAUUGGCCAAGGAGGUAGGAUAACCCCUUCUGUCUGUCCAUCUUUUGGAUAUAGUCCUGAUAAUAUCACACUAGUUCUCCGUUUACGGAACUAAGGACGGUAGGAUCUCAGUCGCUGGUAUCACCUCCGAUAACGUCAAGUACCUUGCACAGUCUAUCCACAAGGUCACUGUUUGAGAAGGAGAAGAAAAAGAAAAAAACCUGCAUUGCCAGGGAGAGGGAGGGAGGCUGGCUUUGGUGGUAAAUAGAAAUAGAAGUAAUUAAAUGGCUUAGAGGAGUGAGCCAUCCCGGUGGAUCUGGUGAAACGUGUAUUAUAUACCUGCGAUAGGGGCUCUACUGUGUCGAGGCAAUUCUAGAUUUCCGCUCAGGUGCACAAAAUUGGCAGUCUCUUUACUGUUUUUCCAAUCGAUUUUCUG